UGCAAGUCUUCUUCCCGGUGGAACAGUCAACGAGGGGCGCAAUCGUAAUAAGAUAAUAUACAGCAAAGAAUAGGAAGGAGCCAGAGUCAAUGGUUUGCAGAUUACUUCUUCUUCCACUGUUCUCUUCUUCGGCCUUGGAUAGAUCAUGGCGAGCGGCGGCAAUGUUGUGGUCACCCCGGUGGCCGUAGCGUCUCCCGCAGGCCAAAACCACCACUUAUACCACUACCUCUCUCGGUUCACCGCCACCACCACCACCACUCCCUCCCCUUACGUCAACUCCUCGACCUCCGCCGCCCACUGGAUUUCGCGGCCGUCCCUCCUGCGCCACCUCAACCUCCUUCUCCGUCUCCUCGGCUUCGUCCUCUCCUUCGCCUCCUCCCUCUCCCUCGCCCUUCCAUCUCCCCAGAAAGCCAGUGGCAGUCAGCGACCCUUCAGCUUCCAGCACCACCCCGAGUUCAGGUACUGCAUCGUUGCGACGAUCAUCGCUUCGCUCUACUGCGCCCUGCAGCUGUUCAAAGGCAUAUGGAAUAUAGCUUUCAAGGGAAUCUUUGUUCCCGAGAAAGUCUCAGACUACAUCACCUUCUUCUGGGACCAGGUCGUGGCUUACCUUCUCAUGUCUUCCUCCUCGGUGUGCCUGCUUGCCACCCAACUCAAUACCCCGAGUAGGUUCCGAGCCGCAGCUAUCGUUUCCACUACUGCUUCUUUUGCGGCCUUUCUUGCCGUUGCCGCGUCGGCUCUGCUCGCGGGUUACAGGCUCUGCAAGAGGAUUAUAUGGUGAUCUCUAUACACAGGAAGAGGACGAUCGCACUGACAAAACGAGUACGGCAACCAAACGACGUGUUCUUAUUACUGGAAACUGGAGUUUUAUGUAAUUAAUGUAAAAUGAAUUGAGAUUAACAGUGAAAGUAUAUAAUUAUGUGCUCGGGAGGUUGAUAGAUUUUAAGACAGAUUUCUGAUUAAUUGAUGGGUGUUCAGCACAUCUUAUUGGCAUAAUCAAGUCCUAUAUAUAUAUAUAUAUAUAUAUUUAUGUUUGUGUGUGUAUAUAUAUAAAUAUAUAUAUAUAUACACACACACAUAUAUAUAUAUAUAACCAUGUAGUUGCUGAACUCUUUAUGACCCGCUUCUUCCGAAUUCUUAUCCGGUUGUUGAUUCUUGAAGCACACGUUCCUUUCGUUACUUCUCCCCCUUUGAUUUGAUUGAAGCUGCUACGUAUGGAGUUGAGAUUGUGGUGCUGUUCGUUCGUUGGUUGAAGGAGUUGAAGAAUCAAGGCUUUAUGUCAAGCAUGUGGUGGGUGCUUCUACUUUCGGGGGUGGGGGGGGAAGAAACCAUCCUGUAUAGGGGACUGGAUUCUGAUGAGCUCAUGUUAGACUAAACCUCUUUCUGCUUUGCAAACAUGUCUCUGUAUUCGUUAUCACUGCAUGCAGUUCUUGAAUUGAGAUUCACCUCCUUGCUUAUGAACAUUCACCUGUUCAUUGGAUUUGGGCAGAACACUUUUGUUUUUUUUAAUCAGAGUACCCCUGGCAUGCUCUUUUCAUCCAUUCGUUGUCGAAUUCCAACAUAUCAACUUUGUUUGUGGCCUGUAUUUUUGGUGAGGAAAGCAUCUCAUGCUAGGUGUUGAGUGAUUAAUCAUAUGCCAACCAAGAUAUCUAGUGCAAUUUGUGGAUUAGGUUUCUCAGUUUAGAUCCUCUAGGGAUUCCAUUCCAAGUUGUAAAAUAUUCUGCUGUGGGUUCAGCGGUUCAAAGGUGGUCUUUGAGCUUGUCCUUCCAUGUCAAUAGAGCUGACUGCAUAGCAGGGUUCUCAAAGUACAACAUUGUGCCGUAAGAGUUCUCAAAGCACAGCAGUUCAGUGUUGCUUUACCUCGUCUUACUUUUUGUUAAGGUAUGUUACCCCAUCAUCUAUAGGAUUAAUUUUCCAACUUGGCUCCCUUUUAUGGACCUCUCAGAUUUUUCUCAUUUGAAGCUGAAAUUUGAUCUCAUCGAUCGAAAAAGAUCAGAACACAAAUCACUAGGAUUAACCAACCCUUUUCCUUUUCAACUUGAAUGAUGACAUUUUUUAUUGGCUGUAUUGAAGGUUGACCUCCUCAACGAGUCUAUUCUGAUAGAUGUUAGCUCAUGAUUAUCAAAAUAUAUUUCUUCUGUUUUAAAUACUUUAACUGGGGAUGUGAAAUGCAAGAAAUGUGAUUUAUACAAGCAGAACAUUCAUGAUUUGUUGGUAACCUGCUUAAUUCUCUCAAUGCAAAAUAUGAUCGAGUGUUGUUGAGUGAGCCAUGGAAUGCCUGUCUCUAAUAAAGCUUCAUUGAGUUGUUAUUUUUAGGAUUCCUCUCGAGGACAUCAAGAAUCAGCAGGAUAUCUGCACCUGAAGCUACUUGAUUAUGUUGGAACUCAAUACUGUAUAAUCUAAUAGUGGUUGUAUCGAGAAAACAUGCCCUCCAUCUUUUGGUGCAUUCUUUAUCCUCCUUCGAAGCAAACUUCAAACAGGCUCGACGCAAGAGCUUAUGGAUGCAUUUUGAUGCAAGAGUGGAGUGCCAUUAGUUCAUAAGCAUGACACUGUGAAAAUAUGCUUUGUGACCUUUUUCUCUACGAGGGCUAACUAAAUUUUCCUCCCGAGAUUGAUUAUUUGUGUGAUUGGGGCCGGUCUUGUUUGCCAAAUACAAAACUAUUUGCACCAAAGGAGGUCCAAGAAAAAAUGUCAUGGAGCUGCUGUUGAUCUCUGUUCUGCGUAGCUUGGUAGAUUAGCUUUUCGGACACAUCUUGGUGCUGCCAUUUCCAGGUGUUAUUCUUGGCUUUCUUACAUGUCCAAGUGUUGAAUUGACUGAUAAUGCAUCGCCAGUUGCAGGAUGAACCAUGCAUGUCACUUGAUUACUCUGUGCAAAAGAGCCUCGGCUGUUGGAAUGGAAUGGAAUGGGUUCCAGUAAGGACUAGUACUUGAAUGGAUGGUCGAACAAAGGUAAAGAUCUGCUGGUGCAUGUGCUUCUCAUUUUUGAUGUUGAACUGUUGCAAGAGACAGAGUGGAAAGAUGCAUGCUCACGACUAUGUUGCAAUAGGGAGAUGCAGCUGAUGGUAAGCAGCAGCAGUUGACAUUCGAGUAGAAUGUCAAGCAAAGCAAUUUAUACGUAGACCGACACAGGUCUCAUGGCAAUCAUUGGCACGUUAGAUCAAACUCAGCAUUGAUGUGUUCUUGCCACCAAAACCUGGUCCUGUUGUUGAUGCCACUCAUCAUGUCUGUUGAUGCCUCUCUCGACUGUUGAUGGAAGAAUUUGUGGGAUCCAACACAAAUCUGAUGUAUACUUUUUCUUUUAUUUAUACCCUGUUUGCAUCCAUGGUUCUCUGCAAGAAACUUUAGCCGGUCUACUGCUUACUGUUUGUUCGAUCGAGUUCAUUUUAGACUGCCCCUAAAACAUUGUUCUGAUAUAUUUACUUUUUUAUUUAUAUCAUAGAAAACUUUGGCCA